AUGCGCGCCAAACGCUCGAAAAAGUACCGCAAGAUCAUGCAGCAGUAUAACCUCACCUUCGGCUUUCGAGAACCAUACCAAGUCCUUGUCGAUUCGCACCACCUCCGCCUCCUCCACGCCUUCAAGAUGCCCCUCCACCGCUACCUGGAGAAGACGCUCCACGGCAAAGUGAAACCCUUCAUCACGAAAUGUACGCUCGCUUCCAUACUUGGGACGACGGAUCUGCAUACGAGUCGGAGACCGGAUUUCUUGCCGCCGCCGCUGGAGCUGCCGCUGAGGCAUUGUUCGCAUGGCGAGAUUGAGGAGGGGAACGGGGGAGGGGUGUUGCCGGAGGAGGAAUGUUUGCUGGAUUUAUUGAGCGGCGGCGUGACGGGGAAUCAGCAGCCGAAAAAUAAACAGCAUUUUGUGCUUGCUACGGCGGAUGCACCAGGGAGGAAUGAUGAGAGUAGAAAGAGGGAGGUUUUGGGGAAGGUGAGGAGGCCGGUCAGCUCAUCAAUGGACGAGGGAAUUAGGAUGCAGGCCAGGGAGAUACCGGGCGUGCCUAUCAUCUACGUGAAGCGGUCUGUCAUGAUUUUGGAAGAGUUGUCAGGUGCGAGUCUCGGUGUGCGGAGGCGGGAGGAGAAGGACAAAUUCAGGGAUGGCUUGCUUGGGAUGGAAAGCAGGAAGAGGAAGAGAGAUGAGGACGAGGGAGGAGACAAUGGCGAUAACAAGGAGAAUGGAGGAGAAGUUGAAGCGGCUGCGCCGAAAAAGAAGAAGGCGAAGGGAAUCAAGGGACCCAACCCAUUGAGUGUGCUGAAGAAGAAAUCAAAGCCGAUGAUUCAACCUCGUGGAGCUCUUACCGAUAAACCCACAAAAUCGGUGCCGCCAAAAGUUCGUGAUGCCUCGACAGAAGAAGGCCAGCCGAAAGCCAAAAGGAGACGAAAGCAUGGCAAGAAGGGAAAGUCGGAUGCUGCAGAAGGCGCAGAUAAACAUGACAUUCUUGAGGUUGCAAAUGGAGUAGAGGAAGGCUGA